CGGGACCUGGGAUUCCCGGCGCUGGUCUGUGGGGAAGGGCGGGGCGCACCGGGCAGGGCGCACCGGGGGCCGCCACCCCACGAUGCUCAAGCGCUGCGGCCGUCGCCUGCUGCUGGCACUGGCGGGCGCGCUGCUCGCCUGCCUGCUGGUGCUCACCGCGGACCCGCCCCCGCCCCCGGUGCCCGCGGAGCGCGGCCGGCGAGCACUGCGCAGUCUGGCGGGCCCCGUGGGGAGGGCCCCGGCUCCCGGGCUGGAGGCGGCGGCGGCGCCCGUCGCGCUCGCCCGCGAGGUGCACAGUUUGUCCGAGUACUUCAGCCUCCUGACCCGUGCACGCAGAGCCGCGGGCCCGCCGCCCGGGGGCGCCCUCCGCCCCGCCGACGGCCACCCGCAGCUCCAAGCGGAGCCACUGGCGCCCCACGACGUCUUCAUCGCGGUCAAGACCACCAGAAAGUUUCACCGCGCGCGCCUCGACCUGCUGCUGGAGACCUGGAUCUCACGCCACAAGCAGAUGACAUUCAUUUUCACCGACGGGGAGGAUGAAGUUCUAGCCAGGCGCACCGGCAAUGUGGUCAACACCAACUGCUCCGCGGCCCACAGCCGCCAGGCCCUGUCCUGCAAGAUGGCCGUGGAGUUCGACCACUUCAUGGGAUCUGGGAGGAAGUGGUUCUGUCAUGUGGAUGAUGACAACUACGUCAAUGUUAGGGCUUUGCUGCGGCUGCUGGCCAGCUACCCGCACACCCAGGAUGUUUACAUCGGCAAGCCCAGCCUGGACAGGCCCAUCCAGGCCACUGAGAGGGUCAGCGAGAACCAGAUGCGCCCUGUCCACUUCUGGUUUGCCACCGGGGGGGCUGGCUUCUGCAUCAGCCGUGGCCUGGCCCUGAAGAUGAGCCCAUGGGCCAGCAGGGGCCACUUCAUGAACACGGCUGAGCGCAUCCGCCUGCCGGACGACUGCACCAUCGGCUACAUCGUGGAGGCCCUCCUGGGGGUGCCACUCAUCCGCAGUGGGCUCUUCCAUUCCCACCUGGAGAACCUGCAGCAGGUGCCGGCCUCGGAGCUCCACGAGCAGGUGACCCUCAGCUAUGGCAUGUUUGAAAAUAAGCGCAACGCCAUCCACGUGAAGGGGCCCUUCUCGGUGGAGGCUGACCCAUCCAGGUUCCGCUCCAUCCACUGCCACCUGUACCCCGACACACCCUGGUGUCCUCACACCACCGUCUUCUAGCAGCCAUGGCUGAGACCCUGUCCUCGGGUGCCCCUGGUAUCCAAAGGGCCUGAGGACUCAUGUUGUGCCACCCUGGCCUUGGCAUUCGAGGCUUCCCAGGGCUGUGCCUAUGUCCGUGGAGCAGGCUGCUGAGCGGUUCUGUUCUGCCAGGGAGUGGGCAUCAGUGCCACUUGUCUGCGUUCCCAUGUGCCUCGGGUCAGAGCCCCACACCGGAAGGACGUGUGCGCAGCGGAGGUCGCUCUGAGGGUAGUUUCAUGAUCACUUCGGGGUCUUUGGGCAACAAGGGAAUGGGGGCUGCGUGCAUGGACAUGCAGGUGCCUUUUCCUUCCUGUCAAGUGCAGGCUCCGAGCUGGGCCCUGGCCUCAGAGCCCCCAGGACAACUGAGUGCUGCUUCACACAAGGAAGCUGGGUUUUGUCGGGGUGUCCUGAGCCCCCUUUUCCUGGUCAGCUCUGGCCCCGGGACGCAGAGGAGCAGCGGCUGGCACCUGCGUCUAGGCACCCCGUUAAGACCCUCGUGGCCGUGUGGCUCGGGGAACAGGGGCUACCCUCCCGACCACCCUGGAGCGGGAGGCUCUCCAGCCCUCUCUGAGGUCUUCUCUUUGUCUCCCCAUGGUAGGGGGACAGAGCUGAGCAUAUUAUCUCCUCUUUGAAGCAGAGAGAAAGUCGCCCAUAGUGGGUGUGUCUGUAAAUAUUGUGACAGUAUUUUUUUACUGUGCUUGUUUUUCUAAUGGGGUGGGUAAAAUUUGGGUGCUUUUGUUGUUUGGGGGGGCGGCAGGUGUUAUUUUAUCUUUUCUGUGGAUCAGAAAAAGCAGAAGCCAAACAAGCGAUAUCUUUGUUAAACCUGAUGGAAAUGUCUAGCACUCCGUGUAUUUAUGUGUCCUGGGCUCUGGACCCACCUCCCCGCCUCGUGCGUGCGGCAUACCUAUCUCCCGCAGGCCCAGCUUGGUGCCCCUGGCCCGGGGGUAGGGGUGGGGGUGGCGGCGGGGGGAGCGGGGUUUGUCUUCUGUUUUUCCUUCUGCAAAGACCUAGCUAGGAAAGCGACAGAUAAUGGGAAAGUUCUCAGGGAAUUGAAGUGUGGUUGCUAUGGUGACGUUCUUUGCUGUGAAUAAAGGUGCUCUUUGGGGCAACCCCAGGGGGUCCUGGUCUUGCUGGAA